GAGGGGGACAACGGUAGCUAACUAUAGCUAGUACACACCGGUAGACAGUGUCCUUCGUCCCUGCCUGUCGGCCACUGUUUUCCUGCAGUUCUGUUAAAGACGGCGAGGGACACAGUGUGUUAGCUUAGCCAGCUUGUCCUAAGGAGGACUCUUGUACACAGGAGGCGAGAGCGACACAGUGUGUUAGCUUAGCCAGCUUGUCCUAAGGAGGACUCUUGUACACAGGAGGCGAGAGCGACACAGUGUGUUAGCUUAGCCAGCUUGUCCUAAGGAGGACUCUUGUACACAGGAGGCGAGAGCGACACAGUGUGCUAGCUAGUAGACAGUGUCGCCCCCUCCUGCUGUGUACUGGAGUAGCUAGCGGAGCCCAGUGAUACAUGAACCAUGGCUGAGCCAAUGGAGAAUGGCUUGUUUGACAUUCCUGACUAUGACAACAUAGAUGACGAGACCUUUCCUCCUCUGCCCCCUCCCUUCUCACCAGGAGAGGGAGGAGAUCCUUUUACAGGGGAGGAGGACGGAGAGAUCUCCAAGUUGGCCGAAGUCCCUGCUGCCAAGAGGAGAGGCGUCAAGAGACCACAGCCUAAACUGGACUCUCAGAGGCUGACAUCAGAAAGAGGACUUCCGGCUCUUCGCACCCUGUUUGACAACGUUCAUUUCAAAGGCAAAGGACAUGAGGCUGAGGACUUAAAGGUGCUGAUGCAGAGGAUGGAGAACUGGGCUCACAGGCUGUACCCCAAACUACAGUUUGAAGACUUCAUAGACAAACUGGAGACACUUGGCAGCAAGAAAGAAGUCCAGACGUGUCUCAAGCGAAUACGGUUGGACAUGCCGCUAAUACAUGAAGACUUCAUAGGAGACGACGGUGAGGACGAAGCCGUGGCGUCGAGAGACGGACGUGACGUCAACCAUGACGACCCAGACCCGUUUGGAGACGGGGGUUUCGCUGAAGACCCCCCAGGACUGGUCCCCUCGACCCCAGCCGCUGCCCCCUCCCUGUUCCCUUCCUCCCAGGCUGGCCCGGUCCACUCCACCCCAGCCCCCUCCCUGACAGAGGAACAGCAGAGACGUAUAGAACUCAACAAACGGCUUGCCUUAGAGAGAAGACUGGCCCGCAUGCAGCAUCACACAGAUGGCUCCCAGGAGAUUACCUCCAGCCAGUCAGCAGACGGACCCUCUACCUCCCAGUCCCAGGAGAUGGCCACCCAGUCAGCAGACGGACCCUCCACCUCCCAGUCCCAGGAGAUGGCCACCCAGUCAGCAGACGGACACUCUACCUCCCAGUCCCAGGAGAUGGCCACCCAGUCAGCAGACGGACCAUCUACCUCCCAGUCCCAGGAGAUGGCCACCCAGUCAGCAGACGGACCAUCUACCUCCCAGUCCCAGGAGAUGGCCACCCAGUCAGCAGACGGACCCUCCACCUCCCAGUCCCAGGAGAUGGCCACCCAGUCAGCAGACGGACCAUCUACCUCCCAGUCCCAGGAGAUGGCCACCCAGUCAGCAGACGGACCCUCUACCCCCCAGUCCCAGGAGAUGGCCUCCACCCAGUCAGCAGACGGACACUCUACCUCCCAGUCCCAGGAGAUGGCCACCCAGUCAGCAGACGGACCCUCUACUUCCCAGUCCCAGGAGAUGGCCACCCAGUCAGCAGACGGACCCUCCACCAGGUCCUCCUCACACCCCUUCCCCAGCCAUCAGCAGGAUGGGGAGGAUGAAGACCCGGACCAGGGAGACCCAGAGGACAAGGGCCAGAGCAGACCAGACCACCCCAGGGACAGAGCUCUGAACACGGCUUCCCCUGCUGAGGCGGACUCCCUGGUGUGUGAGGGAGCAGUAGCCAGCCCUGUUCCUGAGAUGAGCAACGAUAGCAGCGACUGAGACACACACGGAGGACAGAACUGCUGACCCCCCCCCCCCCCCACACAGAACCGCUGACCCCCCCACACAACC